CUGCUGUGUAAAUUGAGUAUUCCUGAGAGAUAGCGCAGUGGGAUACCGAGUCACACGUUACUCUUCCCGACGGAAGACUCGCGUCGGUGCAGAGGUCUAUCCACCGACCGCGUCCCCUCCCACUCGGGUCCCGAGCAGCCUCUCUCUGCCACUCCUGCAGCAGACCGGGGAAAGUCCGCUCGUCGGCGGCGAAGGCACGAGAAAGCAAAAGAGAGCGCGGAGACAGAAAUAGGAGCUUCUAUUAGACUCGGCUAUCCACGGAGGCUUGGACGCAUGCUCCGACUGUUUUUGCCAUGUAACAACCGCAAACACACCUGGAAUUCGGAGAGAAAGGACGCUCUGACCAGUGGUACAGCACGGGAGAACGACACGCAUCAGCUGAGUGCACAUGCACCCGCUACCAAAACUUGACAUGACUGAAGCAAAGUGAAAAUGCCGGCCUCUCGAACUCAAUGCAGAUACAUUGAAGUGUUUGUGAUGUCUGCUGCCAAUUGCAAAUUCCUAUUCCUGCAAGCACAAAGCGUAAUGCGGAUGCAAUCCUUUCUCCAGCUUUGAUGAAGGGACCCGAAUUGACUCUAAAGGUCUGCUGUGAAUAUAAAACACUCUUAGAAUAGCAAGUGCUUUUAGACAUACACGGCAUUGAAUCCAAUUCCCACGGUAAAGCCUCUCAAGUGACCUGGGAGACCUCCAGGUUAACAUCCAAAGUCACCUCCGCUAGAAUCCCUCCACUUGGCGCUCCCAAGAGCGGCCGGUAGCUGUCAGUGAAGGUGACAUGACUUGAAAGGCUUCUUAAGUGGAUUCUUUUUUCUCUGUGGUGGUGGCGGCCUUAUUCAUCAGGCUGGGAGUGGCGGCAAGAUGCCCGAAUUGGACGAUAUUCCCACCCCGAGGGGACCUAGAGGCCUUGAAAUGGGCCUCCAUAGUGCCGUUGACCCAAUUCAGAUACAGCACGGCAUCCUGGAGGAACAAGUGGAGCUGUGGUGGUUCCGAGAACCCGGAAAGUCUCUGCUGUGCUAUUCCAUCGCUGUGUUGCUCAUCGUGGGCUGCGGGCUCGGAGGUGUCGGCCUCCUCUCCACCACCACCAGCGUUUCAAGCGAAUGGCGGCUGGGUGCGGGCACAGCCCUUUGCCUGCUCGCUUUGGGGGUUUUGCUCAAACAACUGCUCAGCUCAGCCGUGCAGGACAUGAAUUGCAUUCGAAGCCGACAGCAGAUUGACAUGCUAAAAAGUGGAGGAUUAUCGGAUUUCCUGGUGGUUUUGAUCGCUGGACUGUCCCUGCUCAUUUGUGGAGGGGUUCUACUGCAUCUGGCCCUUUUGAACCACAUGCCCAAACCUGGCCAAGCAUUGAAUGACAUGUACAUAUCUGGUGUGGUGUUGCUGACCGGAGGAGGUGCUGUAGUUGUGGGCCUUGGAUUUUACUCUCUAGUGGUCAUCCUGCUUGAGAGAACCCGGCACGGACGGAGGGUUGUGGACAGGAUUUUGAACAUCUUCACCAUCACUGGACACAUGGACCACCGGGCUCGUCGAGAAACUACCUCCAGUCUGGCUAAUCUCAUAUGAAAUUAAACAGCAUGCUUGCUGCCAUCUUUUGGGUUCCAGCUCCUAAUUUUUGUAUAUUAAACUGACUUCCAAUCUUUUCUGGGCACAAAAAUGAGGGGAAGAUGGCUUGUCUUUUCAAAAUUGUCAUUUUGCUCCAUUUUUUUUCAGGAGCGUAGUCAAACUUUUAUGUGGGAAAAACUGCACUAAAAAAGACAAACUAGCUAAAAGCUAAAGCUAAAAAAACGACAACACUGACGCGAAGAUGGCAUAUCUUUUCCAAAUUGUCAUUUUGCUCCAUUUUUUUUUCAGGAGCGUAGUCAAACAUUUAUGUAGGAAAAACUGCACUAAAAAAGACAAACUAGCUAAAAGCUAAAGCUAAAAAAACGACAACACUGACUGUCCCACUGUAAUUUUUGGCACAGGUAAGCCGUACACUGCCGCCUUUAAAAGCUCAAAUCAGCACAUUCUGCGAUAACCUUUCAGCAUUCUUUCUAGAAAAAACAAGCCCCAAAAAAUUACAAAAAAGCCAAACAUUUUCUUUGCUAUAUAUUUCAUGAACCCCCACUACUCUAAACAUGCUAAUACGAUUAGUAGUGAGUUUGUGCAAUAUGAUCCACACGUUUUUACCUCACUUACGCUUGACUGAAAAAUGACAUCGCAGUCUCUAAGGCUUGGAAUGUCACUUGACCAAACCCAGAAAUCAAAUGAGCGGUGACAGUCGUUCCCUGAGCCCUUAGGCACUGUGAUGUCAUUUUCAGUCGACAGCAAAUGGCAAUCCAAGGCAAAAUGGAAACCCCCCUGAUAUGGACAAAAAGGGGUGGAUUUCGCUGCUUUAUUCAUAUUCCACAAUCGCAAUACAGUAUUCAUCCGAACGCCAUGUUUAGACUAGCGGGGACGCACAGAACAUCUCUUUUUAAAGAACAUUUUUGACUUGACAUCCUAAAGAAAAUCGGUGGGGGAAAAAAAGUACAAAGCAUGAACUGGUCACCCGUCAGUCCCGGGGUACAUAUACAGACAAACAGCCUUUCACACCACAUUCACACCGUCACUGGGUUGGAACCGAUCCCAUGCUGACCACACACAAGUCAGACGACUAUGCAUAAUAAGUAAAUUGAAUGUUCUUGUGUUAAAUCAUGAGUGAAUUGUUGUUAAGAUGCAGAAACAAAAAGGAGGUGAGGUCUAUUCAUAUGCUAAAGAGACAUUUAGGCUGCACUUCUGACCACCGAGGCUGUUUUUCUUUUGGUGCCUCAGGACACCAGCAAUUUACUAAAGACGGCUUAGAAUGGUUGAAUUAGUUACAAGAAAUCAAAUCAUUGGGUCCACAAAAAGACUAAUAAAAUAUUUUCACCUUCAUAAUGGCCACAUGAAUGGAAGUAAACUGAAAAAUAACAUGAAUGAGUUUGAGACUAACAAUAAAUCAUGCUGCUUUUUUACUCUGUUUCAAACAUGACAGUAAUGUAUGUCAACUGCCAUCAUGAUUGUUCCAGGAUUCUCACUUUUGCAUUCUGCACUUUUAAUGCAUGCAUUAUGAUAUGAACUGUUUUUUUGUGUGUGAAUGAAUGUGAUUGUUGCAAUCAUGUUUUCUUUAUCCCCACUUUAUUAUUUAAUUGUACGAUAACACAUGAAGUCACAUUUAUUAGUUACCGUAACGGUCGUGGGAAUGAUCCAUGGCUGCCAAGACAAAAGCUAUUGAAUCAAAUGUUGAUGGCAAGAAAUAAAUAAACACAAUCAAAAACAGAAGUAGCAACAAAAUAAAAACAAUAAACAUGGGAAAUAGGUCGUCCAUAAAAGGGGACAUAGUACACAAAACUUUGACUUGGCAAAUGCAGCUGCAAGGCCAAGACCUUAU